UAGUUGGGUUGGUUAGGUUUAGGCAAAAGGAGUAGGAUUGGUUAGGGUUAGGGUAAGAAUUUCCCUGUAAGCCAAUCAGAUGCAGAUUAAGGUAAAUUAGGGCGGGACAUGUCUCCCCCUCCCUGGAAAAUAUUUGCUUCCUGGCCCCUGCUCUUUGGACCCACUCGCCAUUUUGUUAUAGUUGAGUAUCGCUUAGACGGCACAGUUAAAGUUGCAACAUACCAACGACGUAAAGAUCACAACGGGAAACAGAGAAGAAAAGAUUCGCAGAGAACAAUGAGUGGUUGUCGCGUCUUCAUCGGCCGCUUGAGCCCACACGCCAGAGAGAGAGACGUGGAGAAGUUUUUCAAGGGAUAUGGACGGAUUCGGGAGAUCAACUUGAAGAAUGGAUUUGGCUUUGUGGAAUUUGAUGAUCACAGAGAUGCAGAUGAUGCUGUGUACGAGUUGAACGGCAAAGAAUUGUGCAGUGAAAGGGUCACUAUCGAGCAUGCUCGCUCCAGAAGAGGAAGAGGGGGCGGCCCUGGAGGAAUGGGACGUUCCAGUGGCGGCGGCGGCUUCGGUGGCGGCGGAGGUGGCAGUGGCGGCGGCGGUGGCGGCUAUCGCCAAUCUCGCAGCAGUGGAUCCAGACUGGACAGGUAUGGCCCUCCUGUACGGACGGACCACAGGCUUAUUGUGGAGAACCUUUCUUCACGAAUCAGCUGGCAGGACCUGAAAGACCUAAUGAGAAAAGCAGGUGAAGUUACCUUUGUGGACGCCCACAGGCCCAACAAAAAUGAAGGAGUGGUUGAGUUUGCAUCCCGCAGUGACAUGAAGAAUGCCAUUUCCAAGCUUGAUGGGUCAGAGCUAAAUGGACGCAAGAUUAAGAUCUUUGAGGACAGCAGAAGUCACAGCAAGAGCCGCUCCCGCAGCUACUCCCGUUCAAGGAGUCGUUCCAGAAGUCGCAACCGGUCCAGGAGCCGAUCCAGGUCUGUAAGUCGCACCCCUGAGAAGAAGGCAUCAGGAGGGGGCAGGGCCACAGGCAGAUCCCCCUCCAGGUCCAAGUCCCGCUCCAAAUCUCGCUCCAAAUCUCGCUCCAAGUCCCGCUCCAAAUCUCGCUCCAAGUCCCGCUCCAAGUCCCGCUCCAAAUCUCGCUCCAAGUCCCGCUCCAGGUCUCGUUCCCGUUCACCUGCUCCUGUUCAGAACAAACAGUCCCGCUCCCGUUCCCGCUCUCGUUCACGUUCCCGCUCCGCCUCUGCAGACAGCAAACACUGAGAUUGGUACACCUGUCGGCCAUAAAAUAGACUGAUAGUUGCUCACCACAGGCCUGUAUGGUGAUAUGUGAUUUUUUUUUUUUUUUUUUUUUUUUUUUUGUGUUUCUUUUUGUUGCAGGGAAGGAAAUCACCUUUUUAAAUGGGUUCUUUUAAAAUAAGGUCUUCGGUCAUUAAUGUGACCUCAUUGGCUUUGAUUUCUGCUUUUGUUAGUUUGGACGUGCUUCCACAAGAAAAAAAUUACAUUGGUGUUCCUAUUACCUAAUGAUUUCCCUCUUUUAAAAUCCCCUUUAUAUUUUGAUGAAAUAUUCGGUGACUGAUGCAAUUUUGAUCAGUGAUUCUCAGUCCUGCAGCCUGUCCUAGCUGUCUGCCGUGUUCUGAUUCCAUCCACUCCCCUGUGCUUUGUCUGAGUGUUCACAGCAGUUGAAGGUUAGGUGGGAUGGUAUUCAUUCCCCAAAAUGUUUAUAGGUCUGUUUUUGUUUGCAACGCGAGCUCCUGGCAUUGCCGUGAAACUGUGAUUCUGCUUCUGUUGACCUACCAGGUUGUAUCCCCGCCCUGAUGUGUGAGCACGACAAUGCAAACAUUUCAGUUGGUGGUUUUCAGCUUUCUUGUUGGAUGAUGUUGGAAUCGAGCAUUAAUUUAGUUCAACACUGCUGUAUCAGGGUCUCGUGGUGGUGAUUUAUCUUCUUUGCUUUUUGUUUUAUCUCCAGCUUGGCUUGUAGGUUUUUGUGGGUCUGUUUCAGCAGGAAGCAAUGUCUCUAAAUUACUAUUAAUUUGAUACUAAUAAAACACUCACUGCAUAUUGUCAUUUAAUUUUUUUAGUAAUGUCCAGAAAGAACAGUGACUUUUUUUUUAAAAUAAAUUUUGUGAAUGUGGGUCGAGAGACUCGUACGUAUUUAAGUCUCUGCAGUUCAACCGAAUAAAGCUUUCACAAACUGUUGAGUCUGUCAGCCAGUGUUGAUUCUGUCCUGCAAUUAUUACAGCAAAAGUUGAACCCCAUGCAAACCCAAAUAAAACUUGAUUUAU